AACCCCAAAAAUCCCGAGUGGAAAGUUGAGCGCGCGCGCGUGGGCGCAGCCGAGCGGACCUUUGUCACAGUUUGGUUGCAGCUUCUUUACCAUCGCCUGUGACGGGUCCAAAGGUCUGAGGCCGUGUCUGUUUUAGGAGCGCGUUCACUGCACUUUGAGUCCACUCUGCUCAGCGAGCGGCGGCGGCGAGACGCGCGUUACCGUGACCCACCUGAGUUCUGGUUGAACCCACACAGGUCCAUGUCGGCCAUGCGGUGGCGGCUGCUGGCGCCGAGAAAUGUCCGGCUGCUGGACCGCGGGAGGAGCGAACGAUCGGCCGGUGGCAACGGAGCGCAGCCGGCGCGUGCACUGAGCUCACCCCCUGUCUCUGCAUCUCCUCCCGGCAGGACGUUAUCGAGUCUGAGUGCGACGCGACGCGGACUCCCGAAAGCGAAAAUGAGCGAGAACGGAGUGGUGCCGCGGGCCAAGGUGCUGACCAUCGACACCAUGAACCCCACGGUGAAGAAUGUGGAGUACGCAGUGAGGGGCCCCAUCGUGGCCCGGGCCGUGGAGCUGGAGAGGGAGCUCUCAGAGGGAAUGAAGAAGCCAUUCGCUGAGGUCAUCAAGGCGAACAUUGGUGAUGCACAUGCCAUGGGCCAGCAGCCAAUCACUUUCUUCCGACAGGUUCUGGCCCUCUGCUCCUACCCUGAACUGCUCAAUGACAGCACAUUCCCAGAUGAUGCUAAAAGUAGAGCACGCCGCAUUCUGCAGUCCUGUGGAGGGAACAGCAUGGGUUCCUACAGUGCCAGUCAGGGCAUAGACUCCGUGCGUCAGGAUGUGGCGCGCUACAUUGAGCGGAGAGAUGGAGGAGUGCCCUGCGACCCAAACAACGUUUACCUCACAACGGGAGCCAGUGAUGGCAUCAUGACCAUGCUGAAGCUGCUGGUGUGUGGUGAAGGUAUGACCCGUACCGGUGUCAUGAUCUCUAUACCUCAGUAUCCGCUGUACUCUGCUGCGCUGGCCGAACUGGGCGCUGUGCAGAUCAACUAUUACCUAAAUGAGGAGAAGUGUUGGAGCCUGGACAUCAGCGAGCUGCAGCGCGCUCUGGAUGAGGCCAGGAACCACUGCAAUCCCAGGGCUCUGUGCAUCAUCAACCCUGGAAACCCAACUGGUCAGGUCCAGAGCAGAGAGUGCAUCGAGGACGUGAUCCGCUUUGCAGCCAAGGAAGGACUCUUCCUCAUGGCUGAUGAGGUUUACCAGGAUAACGUGUAUGCUGAGGGUUGCCAGUUCCACUCUUUCAAGAAGGUUCUGUUUGAGAUGGGGCCCGAGUACUCGGACACAGUGGAGCUUGCUUCCUUCCACUCCACGUCAAAGUGUUACAUGGGAGAGUGUGGCUUCCGUGGAGGCUACAUGGAGAUCAUCAACAUGGACGAUGACGUGAAGGCUCAGCUAACUAAGCUGGUGUCGGUCCGCCUGUGUCCUCCUGUUCCCGGUCAGGCUCUAAUGGACCUCGUGGUCAACCCUCCACAGCCUGGGGAGCCCUCGUAUGACAACUUCAUCAAGGAGCGCUCAGCCACCUUGAGUGCCUUAGCAGAGAAGGCCAAGCUUACAGAGCAGAUUCUCAACACGGUGGAGGGCAUCAGCUGUAAUCCUGUGCAGGGCGCCAUGUAUUCCUUCCCUCGCAUAAUCAUUCCUGAAAAAGCCGUGAAAGAGGCCACGGACAAAGGUCAGCAGCCAGAUAUGUUCUACUGCAUGAAGAUGCUGGAGGAGACUGGGAUCUGCCUCGUACCUGGGAGCGGCUUUGGCCAGAAGGAUGGAACGUACCACUUCAGGAUGACCAUCUUGCCGCCGAGGGACAAGCUGCAGAUCCUGCUGAAUAAGGUCCAGGAGUUUCACCAGAAAUUCACCCAGCACUAUUCUUAGAUAUCUACACCAAUUUGUCCUCCAUUCAAAAAGGGGGAUCAUUAACCACAACAGAAGCUAGUCCAACGUACCUGUCACUAAUAAGUGCCUUCCCUGCGUCGGCUCUGGUGGUCUCUGUGAUGACGCACUUCAGCCUCUACAGCGAUUUCAUUUGGACUUUGGACAGUAACUUAAGACGCUGUUUGAUAUGAAGGCAAAAAUUCAAAACAAGGACAAAUUCAGAAAUGUGCCAUGUUGGGAUAAGAUUAUGGCCUCAUCUAACGUUCCACGUUUGAAGAACACAUCACUGUUACUGUGUUUGUGAAUAUAGAAGGUGGUCUGUGUCGAUGCCAAGCUGCGAAAUUCAAACUGUAAAAUAUGUGAAGCUGCUUAAAUUCUUUGAAUACAUUUCACGACUGGCAAAAAACACUUCAUUCCAGUAACUGUACUGAGAGGGAGAGAAUACAGAACUGUUAUGUGCAUGGUAAAAAAUGUAACGUAAGUGGGAUUAAAAAGACCGGAAGACAAAAGGUGAA